AUGGCUAGUAGUUCUCGAGCUGCUGCUAAUAUUGCUACCAACGAGGGUGUUAUCAUUUCUUCCGCCCUUGACAAUAGAGAAAAAACGCCCCCCGUGGUCAAUGAGAUGGAGGAGUCAAACCAUGAGAUAGCGUGUGAAGCAUUGAAGAAAGUAACCCGCAAUGUCAAAUUCAUGGAUUCCUUAAUUAAAAAUCCAGCCGCGACGUAUCAACAGUUGAUAGAUAAAGCUCAGAAGUGUAUUAGGCUGGAUGAUGAAAUCCAAGCGUUAAAAGAAGACAAGAUGGCAACUCAAAAGCAAAAUCAAAGGUCCAAGAGGCAAGGACAUGAAGGAGAUCAUAGGAGUUAUAUCAUCUCUCGAAGGAGGAAUGAUCAAAAUAAGUAUAAGAAUUAUACUCCGUUAAACGACUCACGAAUUUGUAUUUUGAUGUGGAUCAGGAAAAAAGAUAUAGAAAUCAGGUGGUUGUCUAAGCUCAACCUCGAGAAAGCAGAGAAACGAGAUAGAACAAAGUAUUUUCGCUUCCACAAAGAUUGUGGUCAUACGAUAGAAGAAUGUCAGCAACUAAUGAUGAGAUUAAGAGGCUGA